AUGUCGGCAUUAUAUUUCUUCGCAGCAGUCCCAGUGUUAGCUUACGCUAUUUAUUAUUAUUUUACGAGGACAUUCAACUAUUGGAAGAGUAGAAAUGUUGCCGGACCAGAACCAACUGCAUUUUUUGGAAACAUCAAGGAAUCAGUUGUUCGCACAAAAAAUAUUGGUAUUGUUAUGCAUGACAUCUACAAUGCAUUUCCAAAUGAAAAAGUGGUCGGUAUGUUCAGGAUGACUUCACCUUGUCUCCUUAUCCGAGACCUGGACAUAGUCAAACAUGUCAUGAUCAAAGACUUUGAAGCCUUUAGUGAUCGUGGAGUGGAAUUCAGCAAAGAAGGAUUGGGACAAAACUUAUUCCACGCUGAUGGAGAAACAUGGACAGCUUUGAGGAACAGAUUCACACCCAUUUUCACAACUGGUAAAUUGAAGAACAUGUUUUACUUGUUAAACGAAGGAGGCGAUUCAUUUAUAGAGUACGUUAGUACAGAAUGCCAAAAGAAACAGGAAUUUGAUAUCCAGCCUCUCCUCCAGACAUACACCGUGUCCACGAUCUCUGCUUGUGCAUUUGGUAUUAGUUAUGACAGUCUUGAUGAUAAAUUGGAGACUCUGAAACUUGUCGACAAAGUAUUUUCAGCUCCAAGUUAUGCAUUUGAGUUGGAUAUGAUGUAUCCAGGACUCCUGAAAGCACUCAACCUUUCUUUAUUCCCUUCAUCUAUACAAAAGUUCUUCGACAAUCUAGUGAAAACUGUUAUUGAGCAAAGAAAUGGUAAACCAUCAGGUCGAAAUGAUUUCAUGGACCUUAUUUUGGCACUCCGUGAAAUUGGAGAGGUCACAAAUGCAAAACAUGACUCUGCGAAGCCUGUGGAAAUAACACCCGAGGUGAUGGCAGCACAAGCUUUUGUAUUUUAUGCCGGUGGCUACGAAACCAGUGCUACUACGAUGACGUUCAUGCUUUACCAACUAGCAAUGAAUCCAGACAUUCAAAAUAAGUUAACGGCAGAAAUUGACGAGGUUUUACAAGCAAAUAAUGGACAAGUAACAUACGAGUCUAUUAAGGAAAUGAAGUACCUAAACAAAGUAUUUGAUGAAACUCUACGAAUGUACUCAAUCGUGGAACCUCUUCAGAGGAAAGUGGCAAGGGACUACGAAGUACCCGGUACUAACCUGACUUUGGAAAAGAACACCAUUGUGCUGAUAUCGCCAAGAGGCAUACACUACGAUGAGAAAUAUUAUGACAACCCUGAACAGUUCAACCCUGACAGAUUUGACCCGGAGGAGGUGGGCAAGCGCCAUCCGUGUGCUUACUUGCCAUUUGGACUUGGACAGAGAAACUGCAUCGGAUUAAGGUUUGGCAGACUCCAGUCUCAAUUAUGCAUAGUCAAGUUUCUGUCCAAGUUCCAAGUGGAGCCAUCAAAGAAUACUGCAAGGAAGUUGGAAUUUGAGCCCUGCCGUACUAUUAUCGGACCUAAAGGAGGGAUUCGUUUAAAUAUUGUUCCUAGAAAGUUGAAGGCUUGA